AAAUUAUCAAACACUUAUAUGAAUACAUCUAUUUGUAUACGCAUACAAUGCAGGGAGGCAUACUAUUGGGUUCGAGUGGAAUCGCUCGCACAGCAUUCGGUUACGACUACUUAUUUCCUCCAAAAACAAUAAUGACUUUAGAGACGGUAGCCAAUCUAGGCUUACUUUUUUACAUGUUCUUGGUGGGGUUAGAGGUUGACAUAAAACCAAUCUCACAAACAUCCAAAAAGGCAUUAACCAUUUCCAUUGCUGGCUUUCUCCUUCCCUUCCCAGUUGGCUACGCCUUGCACUACAUGUUAGUCGGCGACGACAUUGCAGCGGGAAGAGACGCAGCCAUGUUCGGCCCUGUCUUUUGGGGUCUUGCUCUUUCCACUACAAACUUCUCGGACCUUGCCAUGAUCCUUGAAGACCUCAAGCUCCUCCACACGGAGAUCGGGCGCACAGCUUUGUCAGCCAGUGUCGUAACAGAUGGCAUUGCUUGGGUAUUACUCGUCGUCGUCGUGUCCACCAUCAAGGACAUGCACGUCUACACAGUCGUACUCGGCUCUGCGUUUGUGAUAUUUAGCCUGCUGGCCUUGCGGCCAGCCAUCUCUUGGUUUAUCCAGCGGCACGCCAGAGCUCAGUACGAAGAUUCUCAUAUUUGCUUUGUCCUCACCGGAGUGGUGGCGUGCGGGUACAUCACCGACGCAUGUGGUUGCCACUCUAUUCUUGGGGGUUUCAUGUUGGGACUGAUCAUCCCCAAAGGGGAACUGAAGCGGGUGUUGAUGGAGAAAGUGGAGGAUUUCAUUUCAGGGAUUCUAUUGCCUCUCUUCUUUUUGAUUACUGGGCUUAGAACCAAUCGUCAAGACAUCUUACAUGGCCAACUUCCGGUAAUCACCAUUAUUGGUGUCAUUGUUUUGGCUUUUGUGGUUAAAAUCAUAAGCACUUUUGUUGCUGCUGUGUUCUUCAACAAGAUGACCCCUCGGGAUGGUUUGACUCUCGGAUUGCUCAUGAACACCAAAGGCUUGCUAGCUUUAAUUGUCAUCAACUCCGCCCGAAAUGAAAAGAUCCUGGACAACCGAACAUUUACUAUAAUCAUUGCCACGCUCUGGUUGAUGACAGUCGGUGUUGUUCCCAUUGUAACACUCACUCACAGAUGCUUUAGACAUUCCGAAAAGUUCUCUCACAAGUCCUUGAUUAGCUUACAACCAGACUCGGAGCUUCGAGUUCUAACAUGCUUCCACUCCUCUCAUGAGGUCACCGGCAUCAUCAAACUUCUUGACGCCUCCAACCCCACAAAACAAUCUCCGCUACUCGUUUUUGCCAUCCAUCUCAUCGAGAACAGCGGUCGUGCCGCCACUAUGCUUAUUGUCCAUGAUGCUUGCAGGAUUAACGUGGGAGGAGACGACAAGGAUAAUGAGUUAUUAGACUCGUCACAACAUGUGGCGGCCGCAGCCUUCGAUGGCUUUAAGAACGGGAAAGAAGGCGUCAAGGUUCAACCGCUCACUACUGUCUCAGCCUACGCCACCAUGCACGAGGACAUCUGCAACCUUGCCGAAGAGAACCACACCAGCAUCAUAAUUCUCCCGUUUCAGCUCAACGCAACGAAUUCCGGGUUAGGAGCUAGUCCUCGAAGUUUUAAUAGUCAUCAUCUCCGAAGCAUGAACAAGAAAGUGAUGGAAAAAUCGCCAUGCUCGGUGGCUGUACUUGUGGACCGUGGCCACAGACUGCCACCAGCGUCUGACGCCACUUCCAGCAGCCAGGUUGGCCACCAUUUCAUGGUGCUUUUCAUUGGCGGACCAGACGAUCGUGAGGCCUUGGCUUACGCCGAGAGGAUGUCAGGGAGCCGAAUUGUUGCACUAACAGUAAUGCGCUUCAUUGCUGCUGAUUACUUCAACAGCGGCGAUGACGACAUGGAAGAGAAAGAGAAAUCACUGGACGACCAGUACUUUGAAGGGUUCCUCCAAAAGACAAGUGACAACCCACUUGUGAAUGUAGGAGAAGCGGUUGUGAACAGUGUGGAGGAGGUUGUGAAAGCUCUUGGAACCAUGGAAGAAGAGUACGACCUCGUCAUAGUUGGAAAAGGGAGAAGAUCAUCGGCUGGGCAAUCGGCUUCCAAGAUGUUGGAGGGAACAGAAUGGAGCGACUAUCCAGAGUUAGGCCUCUUGGGAGACGCCUUGGUGUGCUCGACUAUCGCCGCCAGAGCCUGGAUUCUUAUAGUUCAGCAAGGCGGCUCCGGUGGCAGCGAUAUUUGUUGGCAAGAGCAAGAAAUGGAUAAUGACAGUGGUAUAUUGGAAGAAGAAUUAGGCCAUAUGGCAUGGCAACCUUUCAGAGUUGAAUCUCCUGACUUAGCACCAUUUGUGUCUCGUUCGAGUAGUUGCCGUUGA